AUGUCAGCGCAUCGUCUUGGCAAGAUCCUAUCUGCAGAUCGGAGAGACGAACAAGACAAUAGAGAGGCACGUUUUGUCAAGACCUGGACCGAGAAGCACAAACACGACCUUUCUACGUUAGAAUAUUUCAAGAUGCCGAAGUGCAAGACUACCAAAGAGAGCUCGGGUACGAGAAGGACCCCCCCCGUCACCCGGUCCUCUGGUAAAGCCAAUUCCUCUGCUUCAACCAGUACCCCGGCAAGUGUUACCCGCAGUGCUCAAACCGCGACGCCCUCAGCUGCGAAGCGGGCUACAGGGGCAGCCCCUAAGCAGGAGAUCAAACAGGAGGUCAAACACGAGGUCAAAAGGUCGCCUCGAAAACGUAACCCUUACCUGUCUCGAGCGGAGCUGGCCUGGGAGGCUGGCGCAUAUGAACCUCCCUCGCCAUCGAAGAAGCGGAAACAGGACGAUCCAACCGGAGAGUACAAAUUGAGGGAACGGAAGGACCAUCGUUGA